AUGGCCAGGGACUAUACUGGUGGAUCACCAAAGCACCACCACCUAGAAUCCAAGAAGAAGAGGCUUACUUGGAUUUUCGGGGUUAGCGCACUCUGCGUAGUAUGCUACAUGUUAGGAGCUUGGCAAACCACUUCUUCUCCUGUCAAUCGAUCUGAGCUCUACCAAAAGGUGGGUUGUGAUGAAACGUCUCAAAAUCAAGGAGGGAACAACGCUUCCUCCUCCUCUCCCUCAUCAGCAUCAUCAUCAUCACUUCACUUGGACUUUGAAAGUCAUCAUCAAGUGGAUAUCAACAAAUCCGACGCAGUCCAAAAGUUCCCAGCAUGCGACAUGGCCUACAGUGAAUACACUCCCUGCCAAGAUCCGCAAAGGGGGAGGAAAUUUGACAGAAAAAUGUUGAAAUACAGAGAGCGGCAUUGCCCCACCAAGGAAGAACAAUUGCUUUGCCUUAUACCUGCUCCACCAAAGUAUAAGACCCCUUUCAAGUGGCCUCAGAGCCGAGAUUUUGCUUGGUAUGACAACAUCCCCCAUAGAGAGCUCAGCAUUGAGAAAGCUGUUCAGAAUUGGAUUCAAGUUGAGGGUGACAGGUUUAGAUUCCCUGGUGGAGGCACCAUGUUUCCACGGGGAGCUGGUGCAUAUAUAGAUGACAUUGAUGCUCUCAUUCCUCUUAGUAAGGGCAACAUCAGAACUGCAAUUGAUACAGGCUGUGGUGUGGCAAGUUGGGGUGCUUACCUGUUGAGGAAUGACAUCUUGGCGAUGUCUUUCGCUCCCAGAGAUACACAUGCAGCACAGGUCCAGUUUGCAUUGGAGCGUGGAGUUCCGGCUAUGAUUGGUGUCUUGGCUUCGAAGAGGCUUCCCUACCCGGCGAGGGCUUUUGAUAUGGCUCACUGUUCCCGCUGCUUGAUCCCUUGGCAGAAUUAUGAUGGUUUGUAUCUAAUUGAAGUGGACAGAGUUCUAAGGCCCGGUGGUUAUUGGAUUCUUUCUGGGCCCCCUAUUCACUGGAAAAAACACUGGAGGGGAUGGGAGAGAACCCAAGAGGAUUUGAAGCAAGAGCAAGAUUCUAUUGAGGCUGUUGCCAAGCGUCUGUGCUGGAAGAAAGUGAUUGAGAAGAAUGACCUUGCAAUCUGGCAAAAACCCAUCAAUCACAUUGAAUGCAUUAAAAGCAGGAGGGUAUAUAAGACACCACAUAUAUGCAAAUCAGACAAUCCAGAUAUGGCUUGGGAAAGAGACAUGGAAAAUUGCAUUACUCCUCUACCAGAGACAAGCAAUCCCGAUGAUGUUGCUGGUGGGGCUUUGGAGAAAUGGCCUGACCGUGCAUUUGCUGUCCCACCUAGAAUUAGCAGUGGUUCAAUACCAGGCGUCACCGCGGAGAUACUCCGGGCGGAUGAUCAACUGUGGAAGGAAAGGGUGGAACAUUACAAGCGGAUUAUACCAAUCUCUAAAGGACGAUAUCGGAAUGUAAUGGACAUGAAUGCUUACCUUGGUGGAUUUGCUGCAGCAAUAUCAAAAUAUCCUGUGUGGGUCAUGAACACUAUCCCUGCCAAUUCAAACCAGGAUACUCUUGGUGUGAUUUAUGAACGGGGCUUCAUCGGUACAUACCAGGAUUGGUGCGAGGCAUUCUCAACUUAUCCUAGAACAUAUGAUCUCAUCCAUGCUGGCGGUGUCUUCAGUAUAUAUCAGGACAGGUGUGACAUAACAUACAUUUUGCUGGAGAUGGAUAGAAUUCUGAGACCAGAAGGAACAGUUGUAUUUAGGGAUACUGUAGAGCUCCUUGUGAAAAUAAAGGGCAUUACAGACGGCAUGAAGUGGAAGAGCCAAAUUAUGGACCAUGAAAGUGGACCCUUUAAUCCAGAGAAAAUUCUUGUUGCUGUCAAAACUUACUGGACUGGUGAAGCCAAAAAAGAAAGCUAG